AUGGAUUCAGUCAGCUGGACCUCCAACACCAAACUCCCCAGCAGCAAAUCAGAAACCCCCUCUACCGGAUGCUUCACUUCCUGGGUAAUCUUCGACGAUGACCAGGAGAACAAGCAGCCCCGUCUCCACUGCCUGGAGCGGCCCUCGCACGUCCGAUUGGACAACCUCAGCCACUACCAGGACACCAACAGUAACCUGAUUGGUUCUCCUCCCCUACUUUGGAACCAAACCCAGAACAGCCGGCACCUGACGCCAGACAGAAACCCACCUAGAACCCUGCUGACCGACCCAAGAACCGCUCCUCUACUCUCCGGCAGCACUACACACUACACCAAGAAUAAUCCUUUCCUGUGUGAAGAGUUCAACAACAUCCAGCCGUCUCCCAUCAACCCCUUUACUUCCUACUUCGAUAGUAAACAGAAAGUGGCAUCACAGACGACCCAGAGUAACGGCUCCACCCACCACCGGGAGAGCCCUCCCUGUGCCUUCUCCUUUAGCUCUCCUUUCGUCCAGUCCCACAGCUCCCACAGCCAAGAGGCCAAACAAGACACCGUUCUCCUCUUCUACCCUGAGUUUGAGCGAGGAGGAGGAGAGACGAUCAGCCAUGUCACACCUACCUUAGACAGACGAGACCUGGAUAAGCUGAGAAACCUCCAGAUCUCAGACCCAGAUGAUCCAGGCAGCCCCACUCUGCCUGAUGACUCAGUGGAGGAGGCAGAGGAAGAUGGGAUGAAAGAAGAGGUUGAGAGUGUCCCCUACCUCCCAGAUCACAUGACCCCCCCCAGGAGGGCUGGGCCAUGUUGCUCCGUAUACCAGAGAAGAAGAACAUCAUGUCGUCACGCCACUGGGGACGUGCGUCUGUCUGACGACGGCGUGCUCCAGAUGUUCUACGAGAAAAGUCUGGACAAAAAACCUUCAGGACGCUAAAACUUGACCCUUGUCACGAGGCGUCCGAACACCGCCUGCAGAACUACAAUGAAGCCGGCCGCGUCCACACCCUCAGUGUGGAACUGGUCCAAUACCCAGAGAAGAGGCGAAUCCAGCCAAAGUCGCCCGUCACACACCAGCCAAUCUGUGAGCAGCUGGUGAAGCUGGGCACCACCUGUUACCAUGACUACCGGAGUUUUCGCCACGCGCUGUUGGAGGUGCUGAGGCGGUUGCCGGUGGUGACUGGCGGUGCGUUGCCAGGGCCGAUGGGGUUGCCAGUAGGGGUGGGGCUGACUGAGGAGCAGGUGGAGGUGAGGGACGAGUUCUACGGGACGGUCGCCACGGGAGAUGGGAGGAUUCUGAAGCAGCUGCUGUUGACGCGUGUGCACGUGCUGGCGUUCCUUUCCGGGUCUGCGGGCUGCCGCCUUGGACUCAACGAUGUCCAGGUACGACAGGGAGAGGGGGAGGGGAGGGGAGGGGAGGGUGGUUCAUGCUAGUUAGCUCAAAGGUGUGAGCGAGAGGGAAAGAGUUUUCUGUAGGGGCCGGGCUCAAAUAGUGAAUUUGGGUGGCGAGAUGUGUACACAUCAGAAUAUGGUCUGCUUAUUCAGGACACUCAUUCAAACUAGGUGUCAAUUGUAAAAAAUUAUAUUUUGUAAACAAAACAUGAAUGUAUUAAAGCCUCUCCCUAUGUUUUUCGUCCAGGUCAAAGGUAAGGAGGUGGUCUCUAGACACGACAUCAUCCCCAACACCACCACUCGCUGGAUCCGCCUGCGGGACUGUCAGCUUCACGACCAACACGCAGACAAACUAGAGUUCCUGUCGUCACGCCAAAUCGUCUUCACACCACCGCCCUGCCGCCGCUUCCAGCUGUUCGCCUUCCGCACGGCUUUCGCCGAGAAGACCCUCCCCUUCUCGCUGCGCACCAUCACCUCUGUCCGCGGUGCCGAGGUCACCCUGCAGUCCUGGCUGCUGAUGUCACAGGGCUUCUCGUCCAAUCGGGACAUGUUGAACCUCAUUCCGUGUGAGAAUGUGACGGUAAGAUGA